UACUAGCUCCCAACCUCUAUAUUUUCCCGCCCGGGUGCGUGUGUUGCGCCAGCUUGACGAGCCAGAUCCCUUACGCGCUUACAGCGACCCGUUGUGCGCGUUAUUUGCUGUCUCCCCAGUGAAGGCUUCCCUGCCGCUUCGUGUUUGCUUUGCCUUACUGGACGUUCUCGGAUCGUAGUUGUCAGAUCUGAGCGGAACCUGUGACUGUCGCCCAACUUUCUGAAUCGGUGACACGGGGAAUGAAUGUGCGGUGCGAGGCUUUUCGAGCGGCCCAAUAAGAAGCUUGAGAUUCCGUCGUGCGCUGCCAAACUAGCCGUCCCAUUGAAAGCUUUGCCGGCGUGUACAGUAUCUGUUCACUCCUUUUAACGCGCAAGUUCCGACCUCCUUGCAAUGGCUCGGAGCUUCCGCGUAACGCGUCGCAGGAAGGCCACAUUCCUGCGACCGCGUCUGGCUAAAGCAGCGACCAUGAAUGGGAAUGGCGACCAUACCAUCCGCGACAGCCCGUCUCUCUCCUCGAGCUCUUCAAGAGGCUGUCUCACUUCUCACCCUCGUGCGCUGCAUAUCGCCAUUCAAAGUCAGUCGCAGCGGAUCGGAUGGGCCGCCAUUCAUGGCUCCAGCACGGAGGCUCGCUCGUCACCUAUAUGUCGAUCGAUGGAUUGGAUCUCUCAGCCGAUCUUGGACUGCGUAACUAGCCUCGACUGAUCUCGGCUAGAGCGAUAGUUGGCUGGAGAGGCAUUAGCACUGACCGCGUGAAGUGCUACCUACACUACACACAAGUAACCCGUAGUAAUAAGGUGACGUGGCCUCACGAUUCUGCACAUGGUCGCCAUACGAAGAGCCCGGAGUCCAGAGUCCAGAAUCGUUGGACGGUUCGUGCCGACGCGUCGUUACGAUGGACGAAGACGCUGCUGUGUGCCCCAUCCCCGCUAUUGACUGGCGCUUCGUUCAACGCGAGGAGCUCGCUCGGCUGGCGCAGCAGGGCUUAGUCGUCGCCGCUGCCGGUUCCGCCAACCACCGCAUGAUCCGCAGCGAGAACGAGUUGCGCCGCCGCCGCCUGCGCCAUGUGGUGCGCGAGGCCAGCGCGGAGCUCGCGCGCGAGGUGGCGGAGUGGCGCAGCCAGAGCUACCGCCACCCGGAUUCGCAAGCGGUGGCAGUGCUGGCGGCGGAGCGGCAUCAGCGCAGCCUUAGCUGGUCCGCGGAAAGCCUCCGCCAUCAUCAUCCGCGAAACCUCAGCUGCAGCGACUUGAUGCACAUUGGAUGUGAUGCAGACGACAGCAGAGACGGGGCAACACGGGCAAGUGAGGCACGCGACAAUGAUUUAGAAACGGCAGCAAACAUCAAAGAAAGAGCUCAGCCUACUGGUAGCAGGCUGGUGGCAGGUCCCCCCUCAGAUUCCCUACCUGGUCGCCCAUCACAUUCAGCGCGGGGCUCUGACGCAUCCAGGCACCAGCGCGGAGUGAGCCUGAGCGUGCUGCUGCCGGAGCUGUGCCCCUUCCCACCUGUGGACUGGCGCCAGGUGGUGCUCGGCAGCCCUCUCCCCUCCAACCACGACAGAGAUAUUUCCCGACUCAAUGUCUUGGAAUUCUCCAAUAAAUGCAGCAGCUUACUCGACAGAACGUAGCUCGUUGCUGCCUACGCCCUCACUUCCUCAUGUGCAUCACCUGGGUCUGCUCGCUCUCCAGUAUCCCUGCUGGACCGUGCAGCUCUGCAUCUUCACUUGAGUCAGGGUCUGUCUUGGCUUCUCAACCGCAGCCACACAGUUUGCAGCAUUAACGCUGGCCAGCAUCAGACCUUUGACUUUGAUACCUUCUGUCAGACUCACCUCAGGUCAGACUCAUGUGCUUGAGUUUGUAUCACAUGGUUCGAUGCGGUUAGAUCCCGCGUGGAGCGAGUCUGACAUGAGGUGCGUCUGACAAAAAGGUGCACGCGCACACAGUAAUAGUUUCACCUCCUCAUCCCAUGGUCCUCCCACCACCAUCAUACCUAGUAAUAGUUUAGGGCAUAGGCUUCUUUAUGUUCAGGUAUCUGGCUUUGCAUGAGAACUAUCACGAGAUACAGUCAUGGGUGUUCAAGUGAAAAAAUGUCUAGAACAAGGCAUACAAGGGAAUAUACCGUAAUCCCCCGUAUAUAACACCCGCCGAAAUAGUCACUCCGCGGGUGGUUUAUGCGGGGGAGAGCUUAUGAUAGGGUGAAUUUAGGAGAGCACCCGCUUUUCGGGGGCUGCG